AUGGCCGACCAGCCACUGCGCAUCACGGAAUACGAUGAAGCGGACACGGUGACUGCCACCUACGUGCAAAGCGAAGGAAAGAGCCAAGGACUGAGCAGAGUCGAUGUCAUUACCGCGUGGCAACGAGCGGUGGACGUGUUCCUGCCGGUCGGCUUUCCCCACAGCGUGUCUGAAGACUACCUGGAAUAUCAAAUCUACGAUUCUCUCCAAGCCUUCUCAAGCAGCAUAGCCAGUCUAUUGUCUUCGCGCGCUGUUCUCUCCAGUGUCGGGGUCGGUGAUUCGACCGCAUCUCCCACCGCAGCCAUCAUCCUUUCCAUCCUACAAGACUCGGUCGGCCGUCUCGCAACAAUCCUGUUUGCCCACAGCUUCGGCACAUCAUUGGAGCCAGAAUGCAAGAUGUACAGACUCCUUGCCGAUCCAAUCAGAGUCGUCGUUCUCAGCCUCAGCAGCGUUUUGCGAUCACUGUGCGGAGUCGCCGCUGGUAGCUCGAAAGCAAGUUUGAGCGCACACUUUGCGAAGCAGGGCAAUCUCGGAGAGCUCAAUGCCAAAGACUCUAGCCAGGAAACAGUGAUUUCACUGGUUGGAAUGAUGGCCGGAAGUCUGGUCAUAUCCUGGAUCACCACACCUAUCGCGACUUGGACAGCUCUGAUAUUGCUCCUCUCAAUCCAUCUGGAGACUAAUAGGAGAGCUGUAAGGGCCGUGAAAAUGAGGACUCUGACACGUCAGCGAGCAGCCUUGAUAUACUAUCAGGUACAGCAGAACAAGACCCCAACACCAGAUUUCAUUGCGAGCCAGGAGCGCAUAUUCGAGCGAGACGGCGUCCUUCGCAAUGCUAAAGCCGAAGUACUUGGCUUUUGUUCCGUCGGAGUUCCCUUGGCACGCUUGCUGAACUCCAUUGGUGAACAGCACAGUCAGACUAAGUCUUCCACUAUGGCCAGUGAGAAAUUCACGCGAAUCUUGCAUCUAUACCAGACGAGCGCUUUCAUCCUCUGGUCCGACAGACACUCGCGUUCGAGGAGGAACAGUCUCUUCAUCGUAGUGAAGAAGAGUGCUGUGUCUCGAGACUUGAUCCUUGCAUGGUGGCAGGCGCUGAUAUUCGCUGACGACUCAUUGAGCGACUCUUCGCGAGAUGAGAAAGCUGACGACUUUGACCAACUUUUGAAACGAUUCUCAAGAUCUCUGGAUACUGCCAAAAGCCUGCUAGAGAAGCACGAACUGAAGUUAAAGGAGGCUGGGUGGAAUCUGGAGUUGGGUGCGAUCCAGACGGUGGCAGGGACGACCGUUGCAAUUGAGCAUGCCGAGGCGUGA